AUAGAGUAGGGGAAGUGGCUCCUCCCUUUCCUCUCCGGCACAACAGCUGGGCGAACCUUCUCGGGAUUUCUCUGGCGCGGGGGAUUGUGGGGUUGCUGGGCGGCCCGAACCCGAAGAAGAGAGGAGGAGGAGCGGUCCGCUAAAUAAGCUUUCAAAAUGAUGCCCACACCAGUUAUCCUGCUGAAAGAGGGGACUGACAGCUCCCAAGGCAUCCCCCAGCUUGUAAGUAACAUCAGUGCCUGCCAAGUGAUUGCUGAGGCUGUGAGAACCACCCUGGGCCCCCGUGGCAUGGACAAGCUCAUUGUGGAUGGCCGAGGUAAAGCAACAAUUUCUAAUGAUGGAGCCACAAUUCUGAAGCUCCUUGAUGUUGUCCAUCCUGCAGCAAAGACCUUAGUGGACAUUGCCAAGUCCCAGGAUGCUGAGGUGGGCGAUGGCACUACCUCAGUGACCCUACUGGCUGCGGAGUUUCUCAAGCAGGUGAAAUCAUAUGUGGAGGAAGGUUUGCACCCCCAGAUCAUCAUCCGAGCUUUCCGCACCGCCACUCAGUUGGCAGUUAACAAGAUCAAAGAGAUCGCUGUGACUGUGAAGAGGGAAGACAAAGUGGAGCAGAGGAAGCUGCUGGAGAAGUGUGCUAUGACCGCCCUGAGCUCCAAACUGAUCUCGCAGCAGAAAGCCUUUUUUGCGAAGAUGGUGGUUGAUGCGGUGAUGAUGCUCGAUGAUUUGCUGCAGCUUAAAAUGAUUGGGAUCAAGAAAGUGCAGGGUGGAGCCCUAGAGGAGUCUCAACUGGUAGCUGGUGUUGCAUUCAAGAAGACUUUCUCUUAUGCUGGGUUUGAAAUGCAGCCCAAAAAGUACAGUAAUCCCAUGAUUGCUCUUUUAAAUGUUGAACUCGAGCUGAAGGCUGAGAAAGAUAAUGCUGAAGUCAGAGUCCACACCGUGGAGGAUUAUCAGGCAAUUGUUGAUGCUGAGUGGAACAUUCUCUAUGACAAGUUAGAGAAGAUUCAUCAUUCUGGAGCCAAAGUCAUCUUGUCCAAACUCCCCAUUGGAGAUGUGGCCACCCAGUACUUUGCUGACAGGGACAUGUUCUGUGCUGGCCGAGUGCCUGAAGAGGAUCUGAAGAGGACGAUGAUGGCGUGUGGAGGCUCAAUCCAGACCAGUGUGAAUGCUCUGUCAGAAGAUGUGCUUGGUCACUGCCAGGUCUUUGAGGAGACCCAGAUUGGAGGCGAGAGGUACAAUUUCUUCACUGGCUGCCCCAAGGCUAAGACUUGCACAGUCAUCCUCCGUGGCGGUGCCGAACAGUUUAUGGAGGAGACGGAGCGAUCUCUGCAUGAUGCUAUCAUGAUUGUCAGGCGGGCUAUCAAGAACGAUUCAGUGGUGGCUGGUGGUGGUGCCAUCGAGAUGGAACUCUCCAGAUACCUGCGGGAUUACUCAAGGACCAUCCCAGGGAAGCAGCAGCUGCUGAUCGGGGCCUACGCCAAAGCUUUGGAGAUUAUCCCACGCCAGCUGUGUGACAAUGCUGGCUUUGAUGCCACAAACAUCCUCAACAAGCUGCGGGCUCGGCAUGCCCAGGGGGGCACAUGGUAUGGGGUAGACAUCAACAACGAGGACAUUGCUGACAACUUUGAGGCCUUUGUGUGGGAGCCGGCUAUGGUGCGGAUCAAUGCUCUAACGGCAGCCUCUGAAGCUGCAUGUCUCAUCGUGUCUGUAGAUGAAACUAUCAAGAACCCCCGCUCAACUGUGGACGCUCCUCCAGCAGGGGGCCGGGGCCGUGGCCGUGGCCGCCCGCACUGAGAGACGCUCCAUUCACCGUACGACGGCCAACUGAAUGGUGUGUGUGCAUUACUCUCCUGGUCUUGGUCAUUGCUGUUACAAGGAAGGGGUAGUAAAUGGUCCACCGUGUUUUCCCUGGCGAGUAUUUAAAUAAAGCUUAAGACUUAGACUUAUAUUUGCAAAU